GGUAUCUUGUGCAAGCCACACGACCGUGCCCUGCCUCAUAGCUAUCUAGGUGCAAGCAAGAGGAAGCUCGGCUUCAGCAAUGGCGUCCAGAGCAGCAGCCGCCGUUGUUUUAGCCCUGGCCUUGGUCUGCGCCGCACAUUCGGCAGCAGCCGCCGGGAAUCUGUCCCCUGACUUCUACAAGAAGGCGUGCCCGCAGCUGGACCAAAUCGUGGCAUUCCAUGUGGCGGAGACCUUCCGGCGCGACGUCGGCGUGGCGCCCGGCCUCAUCCGCAUCCUCUUCCAUGACUGCUUCACCCAGGGCUGCGACGCAUCGGUGCUCCUUAACGCAACCGACGGUGAGCAGAAGGUGGGGCCCAACCUAACACUUCGGCGGGUGGCGCUGGACCUCAUCGAGCGCAUCCGCAGCGCGGUGCACACCGCCUGCAAGGACAACAAGGUGUCCUGCGCCGACAUCACCGUGCUCGCCACCCGCGAAGCGGUCUUCAAGGCCGGCGGGCCGCGAUUCGACGUGGAGCUCGGCCGCCGCGACGCGCUCGCCCCGGCGCCUGCCCAGAUCAACAAGCUGCCGGGGCCCUCCUUUCCUGUGCCCCUGCUCAUCCAGUCCUUCAAGGGCCGUGGCCUCGACGUGGCGGACCUGGUGGCCCUCUCCGGCGCGCACACCUUCGGCGUCGCGCACUGCUCGCUCUUCCAGGACCGCUUCAAGCCGGGCUUCGGGAACCCGCCCAUCGACCCCAAGUUCGCCACGAUGCUCAAGGACAAGUGUGCCAAUGACUUCGACCGCAAAAAGACGCAGAGCCUCGACGUGCGCACGCCCGACGCCUUCGACAACCAGUUUUACAUGGACCUGGUCGCCAAGCAGGGGCUGUUCAGGUCGGACCAGGGACUCAUCGAGGACCCGGCCACCAAGGCCUUGGCCGCCCAGUUCUCCCUCGACCAGCGCGCCUUCUUCGAGCAGUUCGCCAAGUCCAUGACCAAGAUGACCAACAUGGAUGUGCUCACAGGCAAGCAGGGCGAGAUCCGGAACGACUGCGCCGUCCCCAACAAGCGCGUCACCGCCCACGGCGACGAGGAGGGCCAUGCCGCCGACAUGUGAGAGAUGAAAUAAUCUAGUGCUCGUGAGUGAACGCUAGGAUGCACGCACCAUGUGUUUGUGUGUGAGUGUGCUGUGCUGUCUAGUCAAUAAGACGAGUGUGCUGCUUAGUUCGUAUGCUUCCUAUAGCAUAGGGUCGACCGAGCUUCCUUUUGCACGCCGGUGUAAGAUUUCUUUCUUUUUUUUUGCGGGAAACCGGUGUAAGAUUUCAGUAGCAUCGUAAUGUCGUCUUUUAGAUUUCCAAAAUCGUAAUGUCUCACUAAGCUGCAAGACCAGACAUAGCAAUCUCAGUUCUUGUGUUUUUGCUCUUUGUUUUUCA